GUUUAUUUUUUCUUUUCUCCAACCAAAUAAAUAGAACCCGUAUGUUCUGUUUCAGCUAACACAAUUAACUCUCUUCUUUUUUUUUCCCUCUUCUUUUUUGCAAUCUUUUUUUUGCCCUACGUAGUGGGGUUUCAGAAUUCUUUCUUCUAAACAAGUUCUGAUGCAUUCAAGUUUUCAAGGGUUAUACUUGGUCUGCCUUUUUCUAGCGUUUUGUGCUGUUGGAUUUUGCGUUUUGGGGUUGGAGGCUUCUCAGAAAGGUUUCUUCUUUGAGAUUCAACCAUGCCUGCUCUUGUUAAUUACGGUGGUGAUGAUGAUUUCUAUUCUGGGGGUUCAUUUUAUACAAAUUCCACAGACUUGGGUAGAUUGUGUUCAAUCAGUUCCCAAGUGGAUGUGUACUGCCCUCCUCGUAAAAGAGCUCGUAUUAGUGCCCCAUUUCUCUUCGGAGAAACUGAGUUUGAGCAGAAUAAGCAACCAUCAAUUGAUGUUCUUCCUGAGGAAUGCCUUUUUGAGAUCUUCAAACGUCUUCCUGGGGGCAGAGAAAGGAGCUCCUGUGCUUGCGUCUCAAAGCAUUGGCUUAUGCUUCUGACCAGUAUUCGUAAGAGUGAAUAUGAGUCAUCAAAGGUGGUCAAGGAGAAUACUGAUUUGGUUUCUGAGGAUGUUGAGAUGAUCUCAUCUGAUGAAGAUGAUGGGUAUCUUACUAGGUGCUUGGAAGGGAAGAAAGCAACUGACAUGAGACUUGCUGCAGUGGCUGUUGGAACAAGUGGUCAUGGCGGGCUUGGAAAGCUUUCUAUAAGGGGAAGCAGCUCCUCAUGUGGAGUGACCAAUUUCGGGCUAUCUGCCAUAGCUCGUGGGUGCCCUUCUCUCAAGGCACUGUCUUUGUGGAACAUCCCUUGUGUUGGGGAUGAAGGUCUGUCAGAGAUAGCUAAAGAAUGCCUUUUGUUGGAGAAGCUUGACCUUUGCCAGUGCCCCUCAGUUUCCAACAAGGGUUUGAUCGCAAUCGCAGUGAACUGCCCAAAUUUGACCUCUUUGAGCAUUGAAUCUUGCCCAAAGAUUGGUAACGAGGGCCUCCAAGCCAUCGGAAAGCUGUGCCCCAAGCUGCAGUCCAUCUCUAUCAAGGACUGCCCACUUGUUGGGGAUCAUGGAGUUUCAAGCCUGUUGGCAUCAGCAUCUUCUGUCCUUUCAAAGGUUAAGCUUCAGGGAUUGAACAUCACAGAUUUUUCUCUUGCUGUGAUUGGGCACUAUGGCAAGUCUGUGACAAAUCUAAUGCUCAGUGGUCUACUAAAUGUGAGUGAGAAGGGAUUUUGGGUCAUGGGUAAUGCUCAGGGUUUGCAAAAAUUGGCAUCUUUGAUGAUUACUUCUUGCUGGGGGGUAACAGAUGUCAGUCUUGAAGCCAUGGGAAAGGGAUGCACAAACCUAAAGCAGAUGUGCCUUCGCAGGUGUUGCUUUCUUUCUGAUGAUGGAUUGGUGGCUUUUGCCAAGUCUGCAGGUUCUCUUGAGUGCCUGCAGUUGGAGGAGUGUAACAGGGUCACACAAUCUGGGAUUAUUCGUGUCCUCUCAAACUGUGGAUUAAAAUCUCUUAUGCUAGUAAAGUGCUUGGGAAUUAAGGAUAUGUCCUUGGGAGCUCCUUUGUCCUCCACUUGCAAUUCCCUUAAAUCCUUGUCUGUAAGGAACUGCCCGGGAUUUGGGACUGCCGGCUUGGCUAUGGUGGGCAAACUGUGCCCUCAGCUUCAGCAUGUAGAUCUGAGUGGGCUCUAUGGCAUCACAGAUGCAGGUCUUCUGCCUCUUCUUGAGAAUUGUGAGGCAGGACUUGUGAAGGUGAACCUGAGCGGCUGCUUAAAUUUGACUGAUGAGGUAGUGUUGGCCUUGACCAGACUACAUGGUGGAACCCUCAAGUUGCUCAAUCUUGAUGGUUGCAGGAGGAUCACUGAUACAAGUUUGGUGGCUGUUGCAGACAAUUGUGUUUUUCUCAGCGAUCUGGAUGUAUCAAGGUGUGCGAUCACCGAUUCUGGUGUUGCUGCCUUGUCUCAUGCUGAGCAACUCAAUUUGCAAGUCCUUUCUUUUUCAGGUUGUUCUGGAGUGUCAAACAAAAGCAUGCCUUUCCUGAAAAAAUUGGGCAAGACCUUGGUGGGGUUGAAUCUCCAGCACUGCAAUUCAAUCAGCAGUCGAACUGUUGAGCUGCUUGUAGAGAGCUUGUGGAGAUGUGACACCCUUUUCUAAUUAAGGAUAGAAGGCUGUUGAGCCAGAUCUGAACAACUACACUUACGGCAUAAAGAUGGUAGAAAUAUCACACUCAUAUAGUCAGCUCACACGGGUAGCAACAUUCAGAACAGUUUUUUGGUCCGACAAAGUGGUCACGCUGGUUGCUCUACGGCUUGGUGUUUUCCUGGGGACUUUGGCUGUUUUGCAGAUGGCCUAUCCAUCCGUUUUUUGCUGGCUUUCUUGACAUGGGAAAGCCUGUUGUAACUAUCAAGCCCCCAUUUAACCGGGGGGCAGUUUCAUAGCCAUGGUUCCUGGAGAACUCUGUCAUCAAGUCAUGGAUUUAGAUUUCCACUCAUGAUCAUCAGAGCAUUUGGUUCUAUUUUGCUGGAUGUGGUCUACUCAGUGUUUUAGCUUUUGUCAUACAUUUCUUUACGGGAGUGCUUGACUAAGCUUUCUUUGUUUUCAGUCCUAUGAAGUCUGUUGUUUGGAUCAGUCCAUCUUAGUUUUAAGCGUCUGUUUUUCAAAGGUCUUCCGGUGUUUGAAACUCCUGUAGGGGUUCUUCUGUGUUUCCUUUUGUCGCGUCUUUAUAGUUGUUGCUUUGAGCAGUUCUAUGUUUGGGUGCCGCAGGUUGUGGGGCUGUGGCAAGGGCAGUGGAUUCAUCUGAUCUGCCAUAACAACCUUCUGUGGUUGUUUUUUUAUUUUUUCCACAAGUCCUAGUCUUGCAGGCUUUUCCUUGUGUAUGAAUUGAACUACUGCAACUACUCUGUUAUUAGCAAUAAAGCUUAAUAUUUCUUUGUA